GCCCCGUUUUUUGUCAAAUUCAAAAUCCCGCCAUUCCCAUUUCUUACACAUAAUACUUCGGAAAUCGGUUCUUUAUCCGGGGAACAUCUCGAUGUUCUCCAAGAUCUCCCACCACUUUUCUAACUUCGCUAAAUCAUUUGUGUUUUUGAAUCUCUGCAAAUCAAUGGCGGGCCUUCGCGUGUACGAAAGUCUCAGAUGGAAGCCCUAGAAGACUAGGGUUUCCAGCCAUUCGCUGCAAGGUAUGGAUUUGAGCGAUCUCAACAAGGUUUGGGAAAUCAAACCUCUGAAGAAGAAGGUGAGAGAAGAUGAUGCCAGGAAGAUUCUAGAGAAAAUUGCCAAACAGGUCCAGCCCAUUAUGCGCAAACAUAAGUGGAGGGUCAAACUUCUCUCUGAAUUCUGUCCGAACAAUCCAUCUCUUCUGGGAUUGAAUGUAGGGAGCGGUGUUCACGUAAAGCUGAGGCUUCGAAGGCCAAACAGAGAUGCGGAUUUCUUUCCAUUUGAUCAAAUUCUUGAUACAAUGCUUCAUGAGCUCUGCCAUAAUGUCCAUGGUCCUCACAAUGCCAGCUUCUACAAGCUUUGGGAUGAAAUCAGAAAGGAAUGUGAAGAGCUGAUGGCCAAGGGGAUAACUGGAACAGGAGAGGGGUUUGAUCUUACUGGGAGGCGUUUGGGUGGUUUCUCCCGUCAACCACCUCUUUCUUCUCUCCGAAAAACAGCACUAGCUGCUGCAGAAAAGAGAGCACGUUUGGGUACUUUGUUACCAUCUGGGCCCAAGCGUCUUGGUGGUGAUAGUGCUAUUAUGGUUGCACUUAGUCCAAUACAAGCUGCUGCUAUGGCUGCUGAAAGAAGAUUACAGGAUAAUAUCUGGUGUGGUUCCGAGUCUUGUGAAGUUUCUGGGAAAGGAGAAGAUAGCUCUGAUGUAUGUACUGCAGAAACUUCUGGGAGCUCAAGAUUGUUUAGUGGUUCUGAUUCACAUUCUUUGGAUAUGAUGUCUCGAAAAAGAGGUCGUGAAGCAGAUAGCAAUUUGUCUUCUGGGUCUCUUAAUGAUCAUGCAGAAUCCAGUUUUGUGGAUUUGUCUGUGGAUGAUUCAACUUCAGGAGUCAUGCUCAAUCAUGAUGUGAGAUGUCAGAGUCAGAAAAUAAGAAGUGAGUUAGACACAGGUUUACUUUCUGAGACAUUCACUCCAGAAUCUUGUUUUGUGGGUCUAAGCAUGGGCCCUUCAAUUUCUGGGUCUACACCGAGUUGCAGUGUAGCACAGAAUGCAGAGAAGUCUGUCACAUGGGAAUGUGAAACAUGCACUCUUUUGAAUCCGCCACUAGCUCCCAUAUGUGGAAUUUGCAACACCCCAAAGCCCAGAGAUGUUGGUACCAAGUACGAGUUCUGGUCAUGUAAAUUCUGUACUCUGGAAAACAGUGCAAAGUUAGAAAAAUGCUCAGCAUGUGGGCAGUGGAGAUACUCCCAUGGUGCACCUGUGUCAACCCCUGCACCCAAUCUUGGCACUUGAGAAACACAAGAUGGUACCCAUGUACAACAUCCCAUGUCACUCUGCGUAUCAACUGCUCUGCUAGUGGGUUUUUUUUUUUUUUUUGCUUUGGCCUCCUUGUUCAUGCCCAUCUCAUCAGGCAAAGAGUAGUCUAUUUGUACAAAAAUGGCUUUUGUGCUUUUCAUUUCUAUGUCCAAAAACAAAAAUAUGUUUGGUAACUUACCAAAAUGUUGUUAUUUUUGAGUUGAGCUUAAACUGCUGUAGGUGAAAUGCCUGUGUGGGAUCAUGACCAUUGAAAAUUUUUGGUUGAAUCAAUGGAUCAAUCUGAGAUAAGCAUGUCAGAAUCAAUGGUUGAAGGAAGAGGGGUUAGGAUUUUAUGCAAGUGUUGGAAGUGCCAGCUCCAGUGUCAAUGGUAUCCAAUUGAGUUAUCCUUCACCUUCAUACCUAUGUUUAUGGAGAAAUUUGUAUAUCAGAAAUAUGGCGUCACCAUCUGAUGGGUUCCACAUGAAUUUUCAACUGGCUUGGGAUUUACUUUUUCGAGUUUAACAUUUAU